AUGGAUUCAUCUACUUGCCCCUUCUGUCAUUUAUCAAUUCCUUCCUCUAAACUCCAAUGGCACGCCAACACCCAUUUCGACGACGACGACACCUGCUAUCGUUCUCCAUCGGCUAGUGGCUUGCAUUUUGAUGGUGGUGGAGGAGUGAGUGGUAGAGAUAAUGUGGUGUGGAAAAUGGAUGAAAAGUUCUCUUCCUUAGUUGGUGUGCAAAGAAGGGGAAAGUUUCACAAGGUCGAAAGAGGUUUGAUGGCCUUGUUGAGAGACUGUUUGGAGUCUGAGGCUGAAAACUCAAGAAGCAUUUUGACAUGUUAUGUUGAUCAUUUCCAGAGCCUUGAGUUUGAGGAUGUUGGAUGGGGUUGUGGUUGGCGUAACAUUCAAAUGCUUAGCUCUCACUUAAUGACACAAAGGCCAGAAGCAAGAGAAGCUAUGUUUGGCGGUUCUGGGUUUGUUCCUGAUAUCCCAUCACUCCAGAGGUGGCUUGAGAUUGCUUGGGAAAGGGGUUUUGAUGCACCUGGCGCUGAUCAGUUUAACCAUGCUAUCUAUGGCUCAGAAAAAUGGAUUGGAGCUACGGAAUGUGCUUCCCUUUUGCGUUCUUUUGGUCUCCGGGUAAGGGUUGUGGAUUUUGGUCCUAAGGAAUCUGAGGAACUCUAUCUGUCUGUCCCUGGUUCAAGUCUUGGGGCAAAGGAGCUUCAGAAAAAUAAUGAUGGAAGGAAGAGGAAAGCACCAAAUACUUAUGGACCAAUGGAUAGAUAUCUGUCUCGUGUUGCUGCUCAAACAAGUUGCAGCCAAGAUGAAAAGUCAUGUUCUUCUAUUGUCCGGAUCGGUGACUCUGUGGAUAAAGAAAGUAGUGGUAGUAGAGUGGUAAACAGUACUAAGAAACUAAAUAAGGGUCACCAAGUUCUUAUGGACUUUGUGUGGAAUUACUUUUCUCAUGAAGGCACCGUUAAAUUUGACCACAAGCAUGUUCGUAUCAGUGAUAAAACGCCACUCUACUUUCAGCAUGAUGGACAUUCAAGAACAAUAGUUGGAAUUCAAGUCAAACAUCAAGGCUCAGGAAUUCCACAAUACAAUCUCCUGGUUCUUGAUCCCAGUCAUAGAACGGACGCUCUAGAAAGAUUUCUUACAGAGAAAGUUAAAUGGCAAAAACUCAUAAAAAGAGGAGUUCACACACUAAAGAAGCAACGAUACCAGUUGUGUUAUGUUGAUCCUGGAAUUUCCACUGAGGAGGAGAUGGAGAAACUCAAGACAAUUGAUAGUGUUUUCCUUGAAUUUUAA